AUGCCUCUCACCAAAACCAUCAAGGAUGCCAUGGCUGUGUGUACCAAGCUGGGCGUCGAAUACCUCUGGGUUGACCGACUCUGCAUCAUCCAAGAUGAAAAUGACCCCCACAAAAUGGCUCAAAUCCAAGCUAUGGACUCCAUAUACUCUUCGGCCUACCUUACAAUAUGCGCACUCCACGGCGAUGAUGCUGAAGCAGGACUUGUAGGUCUUGAAAACACCCCAAGGUCGUUCAACCAAGAAUUAUGCAACUUUGCUGGAAUUAUCCUGGCACCAGAGCUUCCAAGGCCAUUGCAAGGGCCGGAGAAGUGGUGGAACCGCGGAUGGACUUGUCAAGAGUAUCUGCUGGCCGGACGGAAGCUACUCUUCAAUCAAUUCCAGGUCUCAUUUCAAUGUUCACAAGGACUUCUUACCGAGGGCCCCACAGAUGAUGUGUCGCCAUACGAUUUCCCUGCGUUCGAUGACGAAUGUGCGUUUGCCAAUUACAAGGCUGUCAUCAAUGAAUACAACACCAGAAAUCUUAGCAAAGAUUCAGACAUCUACAACGCCUUCAUGGGCAUCUUCAAGAAGAUCUACGGAAGACUGGAUCAAUUUCACUGUGGCCUCCCUCUCAUCGACUUUGACGAGGCUUUACUCUCUUACACAUACCUCGACCCAUCUCUCGAUUAUCUAUCAACAAAGCGUGACUUGAACGGACACAUUGGCUUACCAAGCUGGUCAUGGGUUCGGUCAAAGGGAGAAACGCGCUAUUACCGAGCCUUUAUCGGAGCACUUACACAUACGAGGUACUGGCAUGCAGGAGCUGCGAUGCAGUCAAUUUCCGCCCCAGGCUCAUCUCAUGGAUGGAUCCUUAAUAAUGACGCGGACCCCAAUAUCCGCCGCCGCUAUUCCCCUCAAGUAUUCCUCGCUGCAGCAUGGUCUCUUGGACUUUUCGAGCGCACAAUUCCAGAGGAACUCAAACAACCACAAACGUUCAAAUCGUUACAACAACUCUUGAGCAAGCGGUGGCCGUCCUACUCUGAUUUUUGGGCAGAAAUGUACGGAUGCCAAUACCAAGAUCAUCAGUCCAUUCGGCUUGAAGGAGAUCCACAUCUUCUCAAAUAUUUGAAGUCUGUUCCCAGCUCUUUAGCGGUCAGAGCUAUGAUUGGACGCGGCUGUUUCAAGGCAUUCAAUGAUCGCUAUGGCGCUCAGUGGAGCCGCUUUCACGUGUGUGAUCCAAACACAUUCAUCGUCGGACAAGUCGAACUCGAUGAAGAGUUUAAACCGUCAUCAGCUUAUACCCCGUUGGAGUUGAUCGCUUUAUCUGUCGGGCUUCUAAAACCUCGGGAAGCAGAAGAAAUCCUAAACAAGACGACGAGGGGCGCAUACCGUGACAUCCGCCAUACAAUCAGUCAGAUUUUCAACUAUAACAAAACUUUGGCUUGCAACAAUAUCCCUGACUCACCCCAGACUGAAAGGUUCGCGGAUGAUAUCUUCGCCCAUGAAGAGGUGGGCUUCGACGAGAAAGAAAAACGGAAGCUUAUGAGUACCGACAUGACUGUACAUGACUGCGACGGCAGGCCCCUCCUGCCUCCGCCAGUUGUCAACGUCUUGGCGAUUCGGAGAGACGACCGUGGUAUUGCAACUCGAAUCGGACUCGGCUCGGUGUUGCUUACGCAAUGGGCACGCUUGCAGCCUAAGUUUGAGGACCUCAUCCUGGCGUAG